CCGGCGCGGCCAGCCGGUGACUUCCGGCGCGACCAUUUUGUUUUUCACGGCUCGCCAAGGGUACCGGUGUCCCUCCAGGCGGAGGGUCGGACUCCGCUUGUCGGCAUGUUCCCUGUGGCGAGGGCUGCCCUGAACCUCACGGCUGGUGGCAUUCAGCGUACUGCAAUAAGACAAGCUCAUCGCAAAAAUGAGCCUACCUUCCAUGAUAAAUACGGAAACCUGGUACUUCUUGGUGGAGCCGCAGUUUUUACUGCUGUCUGGGGAUAUGUGUUUACACAAGCUGGAAUGGAGUGGGGUUUGUCACCUGUUGGCAGAAUCACUCCGAAAGAAUGGAGGGAGUAAUAGCCUGUGCUUAUAAUGAACUGGUCUAAACUUUCACUGAAAAAAAUGAUUGUGUAAUGGCAUUUGUUCCCUGAUUACCGCUCACACAGGGGCAUUCCUGGUCUAAUAAACAUACUUAGAAACCUG